AUGUUUUGCAAAUUCAUUGCUAAAGCUACCACUCAAGUGAUCAAAUACUAAUUUAGAUCAUUGAUUGCUACAAGCAUUAUUAAAAACAAUCAUUUGAACAUACAUAACCUAAUAGCCUUUAAAUUUGAUAUUCUGCCUUCCUUACAAGAAGAAAAAGAGAAAGAAAUCAAUGAACUUCUUACCAUGAGUUGCCGACUUAGACUUUGA